AGGGCUCCUGGAGCGUGCUGCAGGACAGGUUCGCACGCAGGUUCGACGGCGUGGGGGAGUUCCCGCAGUUCCUGGCGCCCCUGCCGCUGGUCAAGCUGCCGGUUAAGGACACGGACCUCUUCCGCCACACCGGUGGCCAGGACGGCGAUGCGCAGCUCGAGCUCCGCCUCGAGAGCCCGGGCGGACGCCAAGCGGCGCUCCGUGGCCUGCUCGGUUCCGCGCUGCUGAGGAGCAGGCUGCGCCUGGACCACGUGCUCGACCCGAGGAAGCUGAAGGACCACCUGCAGGAGGCCACGGCGGCCGCCGCGACGGGGGCGCCGCCGAGGCCCAACUUGGCGCUCGUCGCUUCGCCGAUGUCCAGGAUCACCCUCUCCAGCCACGGGCGCAAGCUGGCCGGGAUCCCGGAGGAGGCGGAACACUUCUUCUGGGUGUUCCCCCUGAGCCAGGAC